UGCUGAGCUCGUAGUCUGCCGGGAUGUAAUGCAGGGUCAGCGACUUGUGGAAGCAAUGUGAGUACUGGGCAGAAAAAAAAGAGGAUGGGGCAGGUCGAAUGGAAAGGUUUAUUUCUGUCCGCCUUUGAUUAUAAGACUGAGAAGUACGUGAUCACCAAGAACAGGAAAGUGGGGAUUUUAUAUCGACUUGUCCAGCUCUCCAUUUUGGCUUACAUCGUAGGGUGGGUGUUCCUCACAAAGAAAGGCUACCAGGAGGUUGAAGCAUCGAUUCAAAGCUCAGUAAUGACAAAACUGAAAGGCGUCACCUUCACUAACACAUCAGAAAUGGGACCCAGAAUUUGGGAUGUAGCAGAUUAUGUAGUUCCUCCUCAGGGUGAAAAUGUCUUUUUUGUGGUAACAAAUUUAAUAGUCACACCAAAUCAGACAGAGGGUACUUGUCCUGAGAGUCCGUACAUUAAAGAGGCAGCAUGCAAUAAAAACAGUGACUGUGAUGCAGGGGAGGCAGUUUUAACUGGAAAUGGUGUUAGAACUGGACGUUGCCUGAAAGAAGAAGAAACUGGGAAUAGAACCUGUGAAAUACACGCAUGGUGUCCUGUGGAAAAAAGAAGCAUACCUGAGGUUGCACUUUUGGGACAGGCAGAAAACUUCACUCUUUACAUAAAGAAUGCUGUUAGAUUUCCAAAAUUUAAUUUCGCAAAGACUAAUGUGGUAAAUACCCGGAACUGUCAUUUUGAUGAAAAGGAUAACUGGUACUGCCCAAUAUUCCGUCUAGGAUACAUUGUCGAGAAGACUGGAAAUAACUUCCAGGAAAUGGCUGUGGAGGGUGGAGUGAUAGGCAUACAGAUUGACUGGAACUGUGAUCUGGACAAAUCUCCAUCUCAGUGCAAUCCUUCUUACACUUUCAGCCGGCUGGACAACAGUUCUAUGAAAAAAACUAUUGCAUCUGGAUACAACUUCAGAUUCGCCAAAUAUUAUAAAGAUGCAAGAGGAGUGGAGUUCCGGACAUUAAUAAAAGCCUAUGGAAUUCGUUUUGACAUCAUGGUGAAUGGAAAGGCAGGAAAAUUUAACAUCAUUCCAACACUUAUUGCUAUUGGUUCAGGCCUGGCUUUAAUGGGUGCAGCUGCCUUCUUCUGUGACCUAGUGCUGCUGUAUCUGAUUAAAAAGAGCACAUUUUACUGGGGCAAGAAGUAUGAGGAAGUCAGGGCAUCAUCUCUGACAAAGAAGUCCAAAUCAGAAGCAACAGAUGUAGAAAAUGCAGCAGAUGUAAUCAAAAACAAAAAGCAAAGUUCCAAAUGUCAGGAGCAAAAAGAAGAACUUGAACAGUUGCCAACAGAAAGCUGACCUACCAUCUGAAGUACAUGUACUCAGGGUACAGGGACAUUUUGUACUUCAGAAGUAUUUUGCACAGGACACAUGAGGAUAAAUUUCAGUCUUCUGAGCCGAUACUGUAACCCAUGAAUGAGUUUUAUUCUUUAUUUAUUAAACACAGCUCCUCAUGCAUGUCUGGAUGUCCCACUGCAGCCAGAGGUGGUAAAAUGUGAUAUCCAUUAAUCAUUAUUGCUGAUUAAAGAUUUGGACAAUAGAGUGGGAGGAUCCAUAGAACAACAGCAUUUAGAAUUUGGGAGCCAAAUUAUCAAAACCUAAGUUCUAAGACACUAUAGAAACUUGCAUUUUUAUUAAUGCAACACUUGAAUUGGUCCAUCAUCUUAAAGUAUUACACCUUUUGCACUAAUUUUCAGCUUUAUGAUGCAACACAAUGCAUUUUCUUUAUAAGUAAUGUAUUUCCAUGUAUAUCACUGUAAUUCUAAACAAUGCAGUUAAGCUUAACUAAUAUGAAACAUCAAAGAGGUGUGAUGGAUGCAUUUUUUCUAGUGAAUUCAAGCUUUUCUUGCAGUGCAGUACGAAUGAAUAUAUGUUUUUCAAGUCUGUUCAAUAAUUCAGAAUCCAGAAUAUUGCACUAAUGCUAUGCUGCAUGGCAUCGUCUUAUAUUGCAUACAAUUGUUCAUCUCCCCCUUAAAUAUCUGUCUGCCAUAAGGCUAUCUAUAACUUCCUUACAUGUAGUUAACAGCCAGUUAAUUGGGUUCUGACUACUUAAACACAACUUAUCAAAUUAACUUUUGAUAGUAGGUCAUAUUUUUCGCAAGUAAGCACUGCAAGGCACUGUUUGUAUGAGACUUCUGUGUACUGUUUUAUGGAAUGUUGGCUUGUUCUCUGUUAUGUAACUGUGAAGAGUACGUUUACAGGGAUGUGGGAUGUUUGCUUGCCUUAUGGAAGCACAGAGUGACUUUGCGGAGGAGACCUGUCCUCUGCAAAAGCACUUAUAUUGCCUGUGGAGGUGAGUUUAGGUGUAAUGUGUUCCUGAUCAAUUUGUACUGAAGCAUUUUUUUUUCAAGCAGUCAGUCUCUUUUUCUGUUUUUUUUUUUUUUUUCAUUUGUAAUAUCUGCAUCUAAUUUAAUUACUCUCAUGCCCUUUCACUUCUACACUUUUCAAAGUUAUGCAAGCGGGAGAGCGAGUGAUGAUUUUCCUCUUCUAAUCUAUGUCUAGAUCCCAUGGUUGAUAGCAGAGCUGGAAAUUGCAGGUCCAGUAGAAGGUAAAAGCUUUCAUAUAUGCUAGAGCCAGAGAUUGCUUCUCUGUUGCUUUUCUCUUAGAUCUUUCAUUAUGCCCCGGUAUGAAAGUAGUCUUAUAUUUGGCUUCAAAGGCACACAGUAUAUUACAACAAGGGAAAUUUCCCUGCUCAGUUAGCAGGCUCAUUACAAUACAAGAAUUCUGUGAUGAAUGCCUCAAAUAAGAAAGAUACAGCCAAGACUGCUACAUCAGUCUGCUAUCCCUUGAUAUAGUAUCUCUAGUCUGAUCCUACUGUGUCCUUAUCUUUAUGACAACAUGGUGCCUUUUAAUCAAGGUGGCCAGUGCAAUUCUCAAGUUUAAGUGAAACAUCAUAAGGGAGGUGGAUUGUCGUUUCAUACAGUACUGUAUACUCAGUAAUGCCAGUACACUGUUACACUUUUAUGAUGGCAUAGUCUAUGAAAAAAAAAAUUAUAUCAACUGUUUUAGACAUCAAGGUUUCAGAAUCUGCCUAUCCAUCACUGGCUGAAAUAUUACAAUUUUAGAUAUCAUAUUAGUACUCCUGCAAACAAUUGAUGUGUACAGAGUUAGUAGUCUCUAAAAUAGCUUAGAGCAAGUGUAAAUUAAGAAUUAUGUAUCCUGUUAUUGCAUUUUCUGUUUUGCUCACAGAAACACUUUGUAAAAGUCGUAAUGAACUGCUAUUUUAAGAAUGACAUAUUAUGGAUUAAAUAACAUAUCAUUUUUUUAUUCUCGGUUACAGAUAUUCAUAAUAGAAUUUAAUGUCAUUGUAACAUAUUGCAUGGUAAUUUAGCACCAACUAAUACACUGGAUCACUGGUUGGGGAAUAUAAGUUUAAGUCCAAUCCCUUCUUGUUUGCAUAUGCACUGUGUUUCCAAGGGGUGGCCUGCUUCUCACUAUUACAGAGUUUAGAGAACUGGUGGAAAUUCCCCAUGGGAGCAUACUGUAGGACACUAAUCUUUUCACAAGACAAGAAUUAUUAAUAAAGCACUGACUGAAAGAAAAUGAGAGGGAGAAAGCUAUAUAAAUAAAAAGUAAUAGAUCACACAUAAGGGAGGUCAGUCUGAUGAUGAAGGUACUUACAGUAAUGUUCUCAGAACAGAAAGAAAGCUGUUUUCACAAAGCUGUGAUGUAACUGUUAUUUUUAAGCUAAAAAAGAUUUCAAAUUAUGCUAUAACUUCACAAAGACUGACUUCAUGAGUGCAUGGUAAAAACUAUGAAACCUGCAGAUGUAGUCAGGAUUCAACAGCAUGCAGUCAUGGUAUGAGAUAAUACUAUUAUUAGCUGCAUUAUGAACUCUUAACUUGGUGUGAUUGUUAGAUGUUAACUUUAUUUUUUAACUCAUAUUAAAUUGUUUUGUAAUAGUUGAUUCACUGUGAUUAAGUUUACAUCACUAUAGAGAAAAAUAGCAAAUGUUAAUAAAAUAAGCAUUCUGUGUAGGAAACUGGUGAUAUAAAUAAGUGACUCAGAGUAUUAUUUUUAUGCAUUAAUUAUGCAAUUCUAAUAUAUAAAUGUGAAUCAACUG